AAUAAAUAGUUCACAGAGACAAGACAGAACAGAAAAUAACUGGUUUUAAAUCUUUAUAUGUGUCGGUUGGUAUAUAUAUGUUGGAGGAAAGACCCCCUUGGAAUCCUGAUUGAGAUAAAAUAUUCACAAAAGACAAGGCUGAAAAGAAAGAUAUGGCUUUGUCGACAGAGGCUAAAGAGCAGGAUAACUUCUUGAGAUAUAUGAUUAUGAUAGUUGAUCAUUCGAAAGAAGCAUUACAAGAUCUUGUUAAAUUAGAUUUAAAAAACAAAAAUCUUACCUUCGAAGAAUUCCUCAACAAGAACCAGCAUGAAAUCUACCAUUUAUGCUACGAUUCAAAAUGUUGUCAGUGUCACAAUUUACCGCCCAGAAGAAAACGAAUCAUAUUUCCUUCUCAGUUGGAAUUAUUGUUCGAUAAAUACAAAAAAUUACCUCCGCAUAAGGGGAUUGGACACAACGAUUACUGCUGUACAUAUGCAAUAGCUGGUAUCACUUCGCAAGUGUUAGAUCUUUCACUUGCACGAUGUUUGUUGGUGAAUUGUUGUUUAGAUGUUUUUUGGUACACCUGUUUAAACGCUCAAGGGCAAACAUUAGAACAAUUUCUUAAUCGUAACAAGCAUACCAUUUACCAUCUCUGUAAAAACAAUCAAAACUGUUGUCAGUGUCCACCUGGAUAUAUUUUCCCAUGUGAUGGUCCAAUUAUCGAUGAAAAUAAAUGGAAAGGUAUGUUCAGAUCCGUCUUGUUGCCUUGCAUCAACGACAGGAAACUAUCAUCAACAGGAACAACCAGUGUUUGUUCCGUUGCAGCAAAGUCAGGAAUAGAUGUGAAAGACAUACAUCCUGAAAUUCAAGGACUGAUUCUCAAGUGGUGCUGUUCAGUUAGAAUCAGUGUUGAAAAAUUAGUCGAAUGUAGAAAUUUGAACUUUGGUCACGCCUCAAAUGCCAAACUGUCAGAUAACAAAUUCGAGGACUUAUCAAAAGAGACCGAAGAAUGCAUUCUUGAUAUUGCUCGUACUUGUGGAAAAACACUUGAAGUCAAAAACGCUAUCAGUCAUCUUCGUUCUAGGCCUUUAGACGCACGCUUAUGUUCCCAUUAUCAAAAUAUCCUUCUUGAGAACAUCAACAGAAAUGAAACUAUAAAUGAGAAUGUCAUAUCAGAACACCAAAAGACAAGAGAAAAGGUAUCUUGUACGCUAAAAAAUUUAGAAGACAGAAUAAAAUCAUUAGAGACGUCAUCUAUAGAAAAUAGAAUAGAAUUAAACGAUUUAAGGAAACUAUUAACAGAUAAUUCCAAAAGAUCUAGGCUUUUAGAUCAAACAUCAGCUGAAAUUGAAAUCCACGAAAGAAACGGCAAAUACUUAGAAGUAGGAGCCGUUAGACAUUGUGUCCAGUUAUUAGAGAGCAGGAAUGUUGUGGUAUUGUCUGGCAGGGAGGGCAGUGGCAAAAGUAGAAACGGUCUAGAAAUACUGAGGCAGCUCAAAGGACAAAAUAGAGACUUUGAGGUUUUCAAAUUGAUAGGACUUAAUUAUGUUUAUGACAUUUUUAAAUCUAAUGUGACAAGUAUUGUAUUUAUUGAUGAUGCAUUCGAUAAAACUAGUGAACAAUAUUCUUACGAUAAACACAUUCUCGAUCACUUAUACUCAAACAUAAGUCUAAAUAAGGUCAAGUUUAUUUUUACAAUGAGAAACACUGUAAAACAUGCAAACCAAAAGAUAUUAACAACUCACAUAUUAUUUCAUGAUUUGGUUGAUAUUGAUCUUAAUUCAGAGCAAUUUGAGUUAACAAGCGUAGAAAAAGAAAAUAUGUUAACUAAACGUUGUAUCAUGAAUACCAUUAUGAUAUCCAAGGGAGAGGAUGACGAGACAGGUCAACCAGUGUUAAUUGAAGCUGACAGGAAUCAGACAGAGGCUGGAGUGCUAGAUCGAACUGUUGUAGUUCUUAAGAGAGACUUACUUAAUGAAAUAAUCCAAACUGAUCCUUUUCUUGGGUUUCCGGAGUGCUGUCGAAUGUUCACUGAGAUCAGAAACACCACUGCUGCUUUAGAUGCUUUUUGCUUUAAGUGGCCUCCGCCUGUUUUGGUUAAUGAUAUUGAACAAUUGCGAAUGGAAGGAAAGGAUAACUACAUAAGUGGACUAAAGUAUGUAACAUUGAUUUAUUUACUAACACUCGGUAAAUUUGACAAUUUAAAAAAUAUUUGUGGAUUAGCCAAAAAGAACAUCAAUGUAGAGACUUGUAAACAAAUAUAUGAUGAAUGUUAUACAUUGAACCAGUCGAAUGUUGCAAUACAGUUAUCUGAUAUAGACCAUGUAUGUAAGAUAUUAAUAGAUCGCUAUCUUGUUAACAGAGAUGGGAUUUACUACUUUCAGCAAAAAGCCGUAAAAGAUAGUGUCCUCAUUUCUUACAGCAAGAUUAACCUGAAGGCAAUCAUACCACUGCUUACGCUCGACCACAUCGUAGAUUUAGUUUGCCUCCAAAGCUACAUGGAACACGAUGAUGAGAUUGUUAUAAAAAUAUCAAAAGAUCAUUAUAAGGAACUGGCCAAAAAAAUAGUUAUAUUAAUGAAUAGUGUAUGCUCGUAUCACGAGAGAGAUUUUGAUAGAAUGACACAAUCCAAACUUAUGAGAGAAAAUGAUGUAAAUUUUAUUAGUCAAUUGAUUCUUUGUUUAUGCAAUGAAAAUGAUACCUUGUUAUCGCCAUUAUCAUUGCACUUGCGUAGUUGCAUUACUCCUAGCUUCGUUUUAUAUGUACUCAGAACUUCAGGAAAUCACUUAAAUUAUAAUGAUAGAUCGAUAUCAGUUCGAAUUGAUGAUAAAAUUUUGAUCUUACCAGUAUAUCCAAAUUUAUUUAGAAAUCGGUUUUAGAUCAAAGUAAAACAAAAAAUAGCUAAAUGGUUUUUAAAUUAUACCAACCGUUCACUGUUAGAUUUUAAUCUAAUAUUGGUCAAAAAGCAUAUUUAUAGUCCUCCAAAAUACAGGAAGUUGCUCUUAGAAAAUGUAAAACAUGAUGUGAUUGAUAUGACUCAGUUAUUUAUUAAUGUAUGAUUCACCUGUUUCACCAAAUGAAAAAACAACAGUAGAUUGGAUGACGGAUACUGUUGAUAACUCUUUAAUAGAUUAUGAUAAAUGUAUUAAAGAAAUGAUCCGUGAUAAUAGGGAAGUACACUGAACUGAUAUUGUAUAUAUUAAAGAAGGUUAACCACAAAUGGAUGGAUAUCAAUAAAGUUGUAAAAACGUGUUCUAAAUAUGAAGACAUACUCGAAUAGGUGUUGCAGACAUUUUCUUUAUAUUAUCUGAAAAAAAGUCUUAAUCAACAUUACAAUUGAUAAAUAAAAAGAACCAAUAAAACGUUUUGAUAUUACUAAAAUGGAUGGCCAUUGUUUGAAUUGUCUGGCUUAUGACAAAAUUGUACAACAUAUUGUUUUACAGAAACCUAGCAUUAGAUGUUCCAAUAUGAACAGCGUGUGGUGUUGCUAAUAAAAGAAAAUGUCAAUUCAGUUUAGAAUUGUUAUUUAAACAUGGUAUUGACAAAUCAGCCAAUAUAGAUAACAUUAUAAGAUUUAUUUCAACGUUGAUAUAAUGAGAAAAACAAUAAAGAUGAUGAAUAUUGCAAAAAAAUUAUUCUACUCAUAAUUAAAUUAUAUCUAAGCUAUACCGACACAUUAUAUAAAAAAAAAAAAAAAAAAAAAAAAAAACAUUUGAAAUUGGAUUCCACCAUGGCGUCGAAGAAAUAAUUUGGACACAUUUGAUAACUAUCAUAUUAUCUUAAUGAUUAAUUGCUGUUUCACCGGUGCUAAGGUACGGUGAUUUAUAUGUUUUUAAAAACGCAAAGAUAAAUCUGUUACUUUUUCAUUAAAUACAUACAAAUGUCGUUGACCUAUAUAGGUUAAUGAAAGCAGUAAGUCGAAUAUGUCAUUCACCGGCGCUAGCUGUACGAUUCAAAAUUUGAACAUAACUGCUGUGUUAUUAGAGCCGUGCAAAUAUCAUAGGUGCGAUAUUGUUCAAUGGAUAAUUGAAACGUUUGAUCAAAAUAAACGUUUACUAUAACCGGAGACCAAAACAGGCAUUUACUGAAAAGUAUUGAUAAAAACCAUGUCGACAUGGAGCAUGCAACUACUUGUUUAUACUCGAUAUUGAUGCUCCUGAGUAAAACAAGGAGAAUGCAGAUACAAAUAAAUGUUCAAAACUUGUAAUCAAUCAAUAAACUUUGUAUUAAGAUCAAAUUGUCGGAUUACAUUUUAACAAUUAAAGUUUUGAAUAUUAAUAA